AUGGAUCAACCAGAACGACAAUUUAGCUCGUUGAAGCAGUACGAUGAAAAAACGCAAUAUCUAUCAGCGACAGUCAAUAACGAUAAUAGUUUGUCCAUCACUCGUUUUGAACAUCUAUCGAACGAACUUAUCUAUGAAAUUUUCGAUGACAAUGAUGAUACGUACUUGAAUGCUGAGCGAUGGCAGCAAUUGAUUCAAUCUCAAAUGCCUCAAUUACGUACGUUCGACUUUCAGCAUUUAACUUCUCCAGACAUGGCAGAAUCUCAUGCUUAUCAUGCAUUGAUCAAACGAUUCAAUACAUCAUUUUGGUUCGAACGACAAUGGUACUUUGCACAUAGACAUUUUUUGUUUAUGAUGGAAUAUCCUGCUGUGAUGUUUUAUUCAACUAAACCGUACAGACGAAAUGGCUAUGAAUUAUAUGAACGUAUGGAUAACGAUAUAUGCUCAGAUCGAGAGUCUAAUUUGAAUUUAUCUCGUGAAAUCGUUAUCUGGGGUCAGCAGGCCGCUGUUAAUUGUUUCAUUAAAUUUUAUCGUGUUACCAGUCUUGUUUUCAUGGAUAGAUAUGUUGAAGAUAAUCGUUUAUUGCUUGACGAUUUCAAACGAAUUGUUCCUUUAAUACAACUUACACAAUUAGUUAUCGAAUGCUUCGAACUUCGUCAUAACCAGCUUGUCGAAAUUUUACACCAUGUGCCAAAUGUUCAGACGUUGAUACUAUCCACAGUGCCAUUACUGCAAAAAUCGGAUACAUCUACAGAACAAGAUGAAACUGCUUAA